AUGUCGAAAGUUCCAGCUAUUUAUCAAUUGGGCCAUUUACCCAUCAAGGACCAUGUUUUUUCACCAGACCGUACCAUUUUAGCAAUCACCAAAGAAAACUUGGUGGAAAUUUACAAAGUCAACCCAAGCAACUUAUCAGCCAAGCCCAAAUUGGUUGCCGAAUUACGUGACCAUGAUAAAACUGUCACCUCAGUUGAUAUCUCACCUGAUGGAUCUAGAAUUUUGACUUGUUCUCAAGAUAGAAAUGCUUCGGUUUGGGAAUACGAAAAUGGGGAAUUUAAACCAACUUUGGUAUUGUUACGUAUAAACAGAGCCGCAACUGUUUGUAGGUGGUCUCCAGAUGGACAAAAAUUUGCUGUUGGAUCUGGUGAUAGGGUGAUUGCUGUUUGUUAUUACGAACAAGAGAAUGAUUGGUGGGUUUCAAAACAUUUGAAAAAGCCAAUCAAGUCAACCAUCACCACCAUCGACUGGCACCCAAAUGGUGUUUUGUUAGCCAGUGGAUCAACCGAUGGUCAUAUUAGAGUGUUUAGUGGUUACAUCAAGGGAAUUGAUUCUAAGCCAGAGCCUAGUGUAUGGGGCUCAAAAUUGCCCUUUCAAACAUUGUGUGGUGAUUUCACAAAUGAAACAAACGCAUGGGUGCAUAGCGUUAAGUUUAGUCCCAAUGGAAAUGCAUUAGCUUGGGUGUCUCAUGAUUCUUCAAUUGGAGUCGUUUACCCACAAGGUGAGGGACUUGAGCCGAAAUCAAUAUUGAAUGUCAAGACAAAUUAUUUACCAUUUAGGUCCGUAGUUUGGUCUUCAGACAAUUCAAUUGUUGUUGGUGGUUUCAAUUGUAAUUUGGUUGUAUUUAAAGGUGACGAGCAAAAUUGGCAAGAAGCUUACCAAAUUGAAGAGCAAAAAGAUUUAACUAAAGAGCCACCAAAAGUUAAUGGUGAUGACGAUGACGAGGAAAUUUCUUCUCACCAAGCUUUGAAUAUGUUUAAGCAAAUGGACUUGAAAGGAAGAGCUGGUAAGCCAAGUGGUGGGCAUGGAAAGGCAGCUAAAGCUUUAACCACAAUUCAUCAAAACACAAUUGUCAGCAUUAAAAACUUUGCUAAUGGACAAGUUUCAACUUCGGGUAUUGAUGGUAAAGUAGUUGUAUUCAAUGUAUAG